AAGUCCUCGCGACAAAAGCGAGCUAAUCAGUGGCGUACAUGGUCCGAUCAAGUAUUACCGCAUCUAGUGGUCCCCUACCUGACGUUCGUCAAGGAUUCCAAACAGUUUCGCAGGUCGGCUGACCUCUCGAAGCUAACGGCUUCCCGCCGUUGUUCGCAAGAUUGUGAUGGCCGACGGCGACGAGUAACUUUAACUUGUGUCUUCUUUGACAAAGAAGCUUCCUUUGAAGCCUGCACCUGCUCUCCGGUUUCGGUUCAGCUUGUUACCGCGGGAUUAUUCCCCUGUGCCCCUAUAGACCCGUCGCUCGCUGUGGACAUGCGCCUCCUGCAAUUUGUCAACAUGCUCUCGUUGCGUACUCCACCAAAUGUAUCCGCGUGGUCUGAUACGCUCGAGACGUUGCUUCUAGCCAUGGGAUACAAGUUUCACGGUUCGAAUAACCUCCGCAAACGGUUUCAACGUUCGUUUCAUUGGUAUCGAGUUUUAUUGAAGCAGAGUGAAAAGUAUUUGCACGAUCAAGCAAACCGGUAUCUCACCGCUGGGCCCGGUGAACAACCUAGUGUUUAUUUGCGAGAGAGGUGCCCACUAUGCUUUGGAGGAAACGACUGGAAGCGCGGACGGGGCAUGAAUACGAGUGCGGAUGUCAUUGUAUGUAUUGAUGCGUGCUUUACACAAAAGCGAACGAAUGUGCACCGGAAGGGCGACGAUCGCGACCCUCCAAAUCCAUGUCAAUCCGUUUUUCUGUCUGAAGACCGUGUCCAUGACGCAGAGCGUCUCGUUGAGAAGAAGCGGCAGCGUCGAGCCCCCAAAAGACGAGCGGAGGCAGCAGAGCAGGAAGACGUCGUAGAAGAAGGGAUGCGUAUUCCAGCCUCAGUGCUGGAUGGUUGUAAUGAUAGCUUUGUUGCCGCAGACGAGAAGAGGCAAAAAGCGAGCACGAAGUUUUUCUCUGACACGGGGCUCAUGGCCCUCAUGUGUCGCCACGACCGUGUCCUGUGGCUAGCAAAUAUGACUUCGGCUGGAGAAAAGCAACACUACGCCCUAGCCCUCAUCAUCGAGCUCUUCAAGCACUUACCAGCCGAUAUGAGGGUUGGUAUACUAUACGACAUCGGCUGUCAGCUGGAACGAAGUUGUCGUAUUUUCAAUUUCAUUCCUGAUCUCCUCCCGCGAAUCUCCUUUGCCAUCUCCGUUUUCCAUGCAUACGGUCACCAGUGGGCAUGUCAAAUUAUCUAUCACCCACGUAAACGCCAAGGAUUUGGCUUUUCCGACGGCGAAGGCUGUGAGCGGCUAUGGAGUGCGCUCAAAAUGCUCAUUUCAUCCUUACGAGUAUCCGGGUUUCACCAGCGCCUUUUUGUUCUAGAUCUUCAGGUCGAUUAUCUGGAUAUCAGGCUUCUCGAGGGAUAUGGGCUAUGGCUUCAACGUCGAUGGAAAUCUACUCAACAGCGGCGGGUAGAAGCAUCAAACGGACUGAAACGCUUGUCCUUUACCGACGCAGAGCUGCGAGCUCAGUGGGGCGCCCAAGUUGCAGCUCAAACACGUCCCUUGCCAAGACAGUCAUCAAGACGGACUGGAGAGGACCUGAUGCGAAUUCUCGAGCUGGAGAAAAGCUACGAGAAGGCCCGAGAUGAUCUUUCAUCAUUGGAGGACCGGCUUGCCUCUCAGCCUGGUGAACGGCUAAUUGAUAGUGCAUAUGACCUCGAGCAAGCUCAGACACGUUUCAAACGCCUCGAGCAAGCACUCCAGAAACAAAAGCAAGCGAUGGGUUUUCAAAGCAGACAAAAGCUAAGUGAACUACGGCGCAACCAGUACAUAUAUGCGCGGCUCAAAGCUUUGGCCCUCAAGACUAGGAUUCGCGACAAACUCCGUCACCGUAAAUUCGAGCUUUCCAAGCUGGAGCGAGCAUAUCGUCAGACUAUGAAUGAGCAACGAUUGCAUGACCACGCUGCUCAGUCGAUCAAACGAAAGGAGCCUACCAUCAGCCAACUUGUCAAGCGAUAUAAUGACUUGGUGACGAAACUGAAGAAGAUGAAGGAGGAAGAUCGAUCACUCAUUCAUGUUGUCCUCCCGCACUUCAUCAAACCUGACGGUAUUUUCGAACUCGACGUCGAUGAUGACAUUUGGGAGGAUGUCGGCCUUCACGAAGAUGAGCCAAAUCCCCCAGCGUGGCUCGCUGACAACAAUGUUCGCGAAGGUAUACGGCAUCUCCUCGCAUACGACCGUAGCACGGAGGAGAUAUCAAGGUUAUCGCAUGAACGUACACGUUUACAAGAAUGGAGCCUGGCCUCAUGGUUGGCCUGGUCGAAAUAUGGGCUAAUGUGUGCUACAGACAACGUGCUGAGGUUUCAUGCAGAGCUACAUCUCGACAAGUUGGCAUUGACAAUUGCCCAGUGGUUACAACAAACAUUCGCCAUACCUCCCGCAUGGAUAGUAGACCAAUCGUGGGGACCAUCUAAUGAGCGAAUGUUCCUGGCACGCGAGAAAGCGCUGGCAUCUUCUAUGCAGCUAUCCAAUGGGGCCGAGGAUGAUAGUGAGGUAGACAACAACUCAGCUUCGGAAGCUGACAAUGUCAUGGAUGAAUUGGUUGCGGAUGCCGAAGAUAUGGCGCUGGUAGAUGAGUAUCAUCGUGGUGACCAAGAGAGUAGUUUAGGUGAUUCGGACAGUGAGUCAUCAGUGUUAGCUUACAAUGUUACACCUUCCAAGAAGGCUCGCUCGAAAUAA